GCGCCAGAGCCAGGCAAGACUCGGGGGUGGGGGACCCCGCUGCGCCGGUGCCACGCAGUCCAGCUUGGGGGCGCGCCUCCCGGGAGCUCCUUACCGCACCGCACCGCACUCCAGCCCACGGACAGAGCCCCGCGUUGCUGCCGAGGGCACUCGGGGCUUGGUUUGUCGCUCCCACCCAGGGCCGGGCCGUGCGCCCAGGCGGCGGGGUUUUGGAGACGCAGCGCCUGCGGGCCGGGAAGGGGAACCUUGCCCGUCUGACUGACCGCCGCGGGAGGAUGCCCAGGAGCCCGUCGGAGCAUCUCCGGAUGAGAACUUCGUAGGCUCCCCGCGUCCCCGCAGUCCCCAGGGCCGCACACACGGCAGGCUUGGGCCAGGGGCGCACCUCCUGGAGACUCGCCCCUGCUGCCUGCCUGCCGGAUCCUCUCCACCUCUCCAGCCCCCCGGGCUCUGCCUCCAGCCCCCCGCUUUGUUCCGGGCACGCGGAGGGGCGCCCGGCGGAGGCAUGGCUGCGGGAAGGUUGCUGCUCUACACCGGCCUAUCGCUCGCGCUCUGCGCCCUGGGCAUGCUGGCCGUGGCCAUCUGCUCGGACCACUGGUAUGAGACGGACGCCAGGAAGCACAGGGACCGGUGCAAGGCCUUUAACACGCGCCGGGUGGACCCCGGCUUCAUCUACAACAACAAUAACAACUUGCCCCUGCGUGCCAGCCGCUCGCGCCUGGACCGCUGGGAGGGCAAACUCCUGCGGGCCCGCAACCGCCGCCAGCUCUUCGCCAUGAGCCCGGCCGACGAGUGCAGCCGGCAGUACAACUCCACCAACAUGGGCCUCUGGAGGAAGUGCCACCGGCUUGGCUUCGACCAGGAGAUCGCCGCGCUCAUCCGCAAAGGAGAAAUUGAGCGGUGCACCUAUAUCAAAUACCACUACUCCUCAGCCACCAUCCCUAGGAACCUCACGUUCAACAUCACGAAGACCAUCCGCCAGGAUGAGUGGCACGCCCUGCACCUGCGAAGGAUGACUGCAGGCUUCAUGGGCAUGGCGGUGGCCAUCAUCCUCUUUGGCUGGCUCAUCGGCGUGCUGGGCUGCUGCUGGGACCGAGGCCUUAUGCAGUAUGUGGCAGGGCUGCUCUUCCUCAUGGGAGGAACCUUCUGCAUCAUUUCACUGUGUACCUGUGUGGCCGGGAUCAACUUCGAGCUGUCACGAUACCCGCGCUACCUGUAUGGACUCCCGGAUGACAUCAGCCAUGGCUAUGGAUGGUCCAUGUUCUGUGCGUGGGGGGGCCUGGGCCUCACCCUCAUCUCGGGGUUCUUCUGUACCUUGGCCCCUUCUGUCCAACCUGUCCCGAGGACCAACUGCCCUAAAUCCAGACCUGAGAAUGGGACAGUGUGCUAAAGCCCAACCCGUCCAGACACCCCCAUAUAUAUAUAUAUAAAUAUAUAUAUAAUAUACAUAUAUAAAACCAAACUCAGUCAAGGCGAUGCCAGUGCCAAGGUGGAGAGGAGUUGGCUCAGGCCUCUCUGGGGACACUAUUGUGGUCUCCUCUCCAAGACGGGGCAAGGGUGCCCAUCAUGUGGCUCGUCCAUCAAUUCUUAACUGUUGGCUCCCCCAUUUCUCAAAGACCAAGUGAACGCUACUGCUCUCCAUGGCAUCUUCACCCCUAACCCCCACAAGGAUGCGGUGGUGGGCUGGGAAGGGACAGUGCCAAGAGCCUGCGGUCACAAGCAGCACAAAUGGGGAGCAGGAAGGGCCAUCUACAGGGUUCCCAGGACAGGAUGCACUGUCCCCUUCCCCCACCAUUGAUCUUCUCCCAGAGAGACAAAAUGCUGAGGACUGAGGUUCUCCCUCACCAUGGAGGGUGUUGGCAGAACCCCCUGCCCCGUGCCUCCUUCUCUUCCUGUCCUUUCUCCUGGCCCAACGGAGAUGCAUCCCUGGAGAUUCAGAAGCAGAGCAAAUGAAGGAGGAUGUGUCCUUAUGGCCAGCCAGCACCAAGAUCAUGCUUGAGUGGUGGGAAAUGGGGACGAGAACCCCACUAAGACAUAAGACCCGCAUCACCACUGGGACGCGCAUGAAGUGGGAGCUUGGAGCACCUAGUCUGACCUUCCAGCUGCCUUAUGCCCCGCAAAAAAGGAGGCCGCCUGCCCUACCACCCCCACCUGCACCCCUGGCCAUCCAUCCUUCCACUGGAGCCUCAGAGCGAUGCUGUCAUGUGUGUGAGUGUGUGUAUAUGUGUGUGUGAGACAACUUGGGGUGGUUCCCUUAUUUUAUUUUUUUCCUUUCACUCUUCAAACAGAAAUACAAUGUUAUGAGUGUUGUCAAUCAGCUGUUGGGUUCAUGGCCCAAGACAGGAGGCCCAAAAGGAAUAAUGAGGAGCAGGCCAAGUUGAGGGGCCAUGCCUGCAGCUGCCGCCCUGAGAGCAUGUGCCUGUGAAGGAUGUUUCCAGAGUGUGGGGUUUGGUGGGUGCAUUUAUUUCCCUAUUUUAGUCCUGCUGGAAUUCCCCAGGGCAGAAUUGUAAACAAGGCCAUGUUAGGGGCCUAGAGGACCCUGAGGUCUUCACCUUGCAGCUCUGGAACCCCCCUGGAAUGAUUUCCUCUUCUUUGGGAAGCUGGAAACCCCACAGGGCACCAUAAUCCUGAGAGUGGAGGGGGAGCCCUGUUGGCAUGGGUGCUGCCAGCCCAGCCUUCCAGUCACUCGCCGUGGCAGAAGCUGUCCUUCGUCCCUGGACACUGACCCCUUUCCUGGAGGCCACCUCUGUACAGAUGAAAGAACAAAGGCCCCAUGCCUUGCCUGUAAGACACUUACUGUGUGCAUUCAUGGACAGCACUGACUCUUCCCGCCCUCCUCCUUUGCCUCUUGCUAUUCAAGGCCGUGAAUCCCCACACAGCCAUCUUCAUGGCUCUCACCCAGACAUGGGGUGUCUGUCCAACCUGAUGUCACAGCCCCAUUUGGAGAAAAUGGGCCCUGCAGGUCAGCCAGCAUCUGAACGCUCUGCUAGGGCAAGAGGGCAGGAGUCACUGACCGCCACCUGAGCCAGCCCAGCCCACAGAGGUCCAGAGAGCAAAGCCCAGCUUGCAGCUGGGGGCGACCACCUGGCUGAGAAGUCAGUGGCUUCAAAAUAAAUCUGCUUUGGGGACUUAGCUAACCUCUCAGCAGCCUUCUGUCCCACCCACCCCCACUGUGUUCCAUCUAUCUGUCUUCUAACCCGUCUCCUCUCACCAAUUCACCCCUGCCCUGUGCUCCUUUAUCCCACACCCUGCCUAUUCCUGUGCCCCCAUCUGUUCUCAAAGACUGGGUGUCCCUCACAUCAGAUGUGCAUGAAUGGGUUUGAAUGGGGCCCCUGGAGGGCUGUAUCUCUGGUGCAUUUCAUGUGUUUGUGUCAAUACAUACCUGGAUGUGGGUAUGGGGGUACCCCUUAAGACAUCCUUGCCUGUGACCCUCUUCAACUUCUGCCUCUAGUCUUUCUCAUGGGAAGUCCCUUCAUAGGGAGGCAAGGAGCAAGACUUUUAGCUUCACAUAGAGGUCCUAAGGAAUAUUUUUAAAACUAAGGACUUAUUCUAUGAGAAGGGAAAUCAUCUUCAGGAAAACCCUUCCCCAUCCCCACCCCCAUUGUACAGGGCACUUCAAAAACAAAACCAUUUUCUUUAAAAAGUUGGAUUUUCCCCAUCAGGGGAAGAAGGGAGCUAGGCUUGAAGAUUAGUGAGAUGUGUCUUAUGUUGAAAGGUAAUGUCAUGUAUCUUCUGCAUUACAUCUUGAAUGGUGUUUGCUGAGCAGAGAAUAGAGGGUAUGUUUGGGCAUGUCUGGGGUAGAGGGUUUGUCUCAGUCUAAAACUAAAUGGAGCUAGUUUCAGUUGCAGGAAAAUGGUGGAAGAAUUCCCCAAUUGGGCCAUUUGCUGUUACUCUUGAAUCUGUUUGAGACCCACCCACAGCUGUCUCCUUCCUGCUUUUUUAACCUUGUCUUUGUCAUGACUGAGUCGGCCACUCCUUCCAACUAUAGUUUCCAUGCUAGACUUUAACACAGCCCCCUGGAUCUCUUUUACCUUUCUGGAGAUGUUAGAGACUCCCAGGAAAGAUGAAACCCCUGAAGUCAAGUCGUUAUCAGCAUAAGGAGAGUCUUGAGCUGCUGCUUAAAUAUCAGAGCUUAGCCCUCCUUGGGAUUCCUCAAAGUAUCCAACUAUUUGGCCAAAAUGGAAGCCCCAUAGCAGUGGCAGUUCCAACAUCAGACUAACCCAGGAUGAAGCCAACCACUCCAGUAAGUAACUUUGGCUCUUGAGCUAGGAAAUGAGUGAGGAGGAAGAGAAGGAUAAAGAAAGAGAGACAUUGACCUUACAAGAUUCUUCAAGGUCAGAUUUUGCUAAUACAGUAGAGCCUAAACUUUAGAAAGGAUGUGGACUCAGCAUCCUCACUCAAACUCCCAAACCCAGGUCAAGUUCAAGUUCUUUAUAGGUGCAUGCAAGAUCUACAAUGGUGUACAUGUUUUGAACUCCAUGCAAGUCUACCUUGAGACUGGGCCCAUUGCAGAUUUCAUUUUCUUUUCUACCUCUGAGACUGGAGAUCACAGACACUGAGAUCUCUUCUGGAAAAGAGGUCCCAUUUCUUUAACUCUCCCCUAUUUGGGGAUUAUAGUUUCUUCUAUUUUCUUCUUCUCUCUCAACUCACUGCCACUUUCCUUCUACAUCAGUGUGGGUUCAUGUUCAGAAUGUUUGGGAAUUCAUCCCUAAGGAGACUCACUCUCCUAGCAGCCCCCAUCCUUAUUUGUUGUGACUCUAAGUCUCAUAAGAGAGUCUGUGACUUCUUGGGAUUAAACUUUUUUAAAUUUCUUUGUCAAUGAGCCUAAUUCAGCUUUAUUUCUUCCAUGAGCUCCAGUCUUUCAACAACUCUGCCCCUUCUACUCCAGAGAUCACAAAGACUUGACAAUUCCAUCAAGACAAAUAAACAUUCUCUGGUGGUCACAAUUCCAAAUGCAGCCUCCUGGGCUUUGGUGCCUGCCAUUUGGGGAGGUAGUGUGAGUUGUUCUCCAUUAGCAAUGCUCCCCUUCUCUUUUGAAAAGGUAAAGGAGAUAGAUAGCACAAGAAAGUUCUACAACAAAAUAUUCACUAAAUCAUGAUCAUCAUUUAGUAGUCUUAAAUUCGUGUUUUAUGUGUAGUUGUCCUGAGGGAGGGAGUGUGGUUUUGGGCUCUACUCUGAGUCAUAGUGAGAAACAGAAAACCAAGAACAUCACUUGGGGCUAUGCAGAAUGGACUAUCUUCACAUGACUUAUUCUGAGAACAUUACUGAGCUGGUUUUCAAAGAUUGGGGUUGAAGGUGAGGACAAGUGGGAAGGAGUUCACUCUGGUCAUCUCUGGUGAGCUUUGAGUGGAAUGCUUAGUUGAUCCUCCUGAUUUCAGACAAACAACUGAAGAGAAGCUGCUUUUCAGAAAAUGUUCUCUUU